AAAAAAAAAAAAAAACAAAAAUCCACACAAAGAAGAGCCUCAAGCUCUACAUAGUCGUUCUCGCAAACUCCACCCGCCGCUGACAUCAUCCGCCGCCAUUGACUUCCUUGCGAUCGAUAUCAAUCCCGACCAUCGGAUAGAUCAAUCACUCACCACCCCACCUUCUCCCCCCCCCAAGAACACCAACCGAAGGCAAGACUACUUAUUCAAAUAUCCCCACCAGAACUAAAUUUUACAAUCCCAAGACAAAUUCAAUUUUCAGGGUGGAAAAAAUGACAACCCCAGAGCCCCAGAAAAAGACAUCCGUCGCUACAGAAAAAGUACACCUCCCACGCAUCACGAUCAAAUACUGCACACAAUGUAAAUGGAUGUUAAGAGCUGCUUAUUUCGCCCAAGAACUCCUCUCCACGUUCAGCACCGACCUAGGUGAGGUAGCGCUCAUCCCAGCCACGGGGGGAAUCUUCACAGUAACGAUAUAUCAUUCCUCGUCGGAGGAUGUGGAGACGCAAGAGACGAUCUUGUGGGAUCGGAAGACGAAUGGGGGGUUUCCUGAGGUGAAAGUGCUUAAGUCGUUGGUGCGGAAUGUGAUUGAUCCGUCGAGGGAUUUGGGGCAUACGGAUCGGGCGUUGAGGGCUGCUAAUGUGCCUGUGAAGGAGGGGGGUGUUGCUGGGGUGGGUUCGAGUGAGGGACAGGGGAGUGAGAAGGUAGAUAAGGGUGAGAAGGAGUGUCAGGAUUGUCGGUGAUGGUGUUGAGUUGGUAGGUAUUGGUUGGGUAGAUGGGAUUGCACGGUGUACAUCAGAUUCCCAAGGAUAGAUAUACCUGUAAUGUAUAGACAUGCGAAACUACUGAUUGCCUUG